AUGAGAAAAAAAUCUUUAAAAUUUUUUUUUUCAAUUUCAAAUAAUAUAUCUAAUAAUAUUUUAAAUAAUCAAAGUAAUAUUGUUAGUAUAGUGGAUAUUGAGGAAAAUAUUGAACAAAAUGAUUAUGAAUUGAAAGAGAAUGAAUUAGAAGAGAAUGAAUUAGAAGAAGAUGAAUUAGAGGAGAAUGAAUUAAAAGAGAAUAAAUCAAAGGAAGAUGAAUCAGAGAAGAAUGAAUCAGAGCAGGAUGAAUCAGAGAAGAAUGAAUUAGAGGAUGAAUUAGAAGAGGAUGAAUUGGAGGAGGAUGAAUUAGAGGAGAAAGAUUUAAAGAAGACUGAAUUAGAGAAAGAUGAAUUAGAGAAGGAUGAAUUAGAGAAGUAUGAAUCAGAAAAUAGUAAAAAAAUAAAUUUUGAAUCAGAAGAAAAUUUUGAUAAUAUUGAAUUUAAUGGUAAUUAUUUUUAA